AGACGUUGGCGCCAGCGCGGAAACAGGUUUCAUUUGGGCUCGGAACCAAGGCGGAGAACAGCAGCCACUGCCAUGACUAGAAGAAGCGGACGCCAGCGCAGGAGAUCUGAAAACGCUUCUAGACAUAAAGGAAAAGGAACAAAGCCAAACAACAGCAGAACAAUGGAUCAGCCGCUGGCGAAGCUCCAGCUUGAGAAGAACCUGGUGAUUGUUGAAGACGUCUCUGAAGCUUGUAUCAUCAUCAACUCUUCGGAGAAGCCAAUAGUAAUCGACUCUGACAAACCCAACUGUCCGGCUAUCAGUUCUGCACAAUCACUGAUUCAGCCUCAUAACGGCUGGGAAGCUUCUGAUGACGUUUUGAUGCUCGUCAACAAGCAGGAUCAGCGACGCAGCACAGCCUUCCUGCUGAAACACCCGAGCCUCCAGAUCAGGAUGAGAUCCAUCCUCCUCGACUGGUUAAUCGAGGUGAGUGAAGCCCACACUCUCCACCGACAGACCUUCUACCUGGCUCAGGACUACCUCGACCGCUUCAUGUUGAAGCAGAACAACAUAGAAAAGGGAAUUCUGCAGCUCAUCGGGAUCACCUGCCUGUUUAUAGCGUCAAAGAUGGAGGAAACUUGUCCUCCAAAGGUCUCUGAGAUGGCCUAUGUGACGGCAGGAACCUACUACGAAGAGGAAGUUCUUCAGAUGGAGCUCAUUAUUUUGAAGACGUUGAAGUGGAACCUUUGUCCUGAAACGGCGCUGUCGUGGCUCAACCUCUACUUCCAGAUCGCAUCCAUGAGCCCAAACUCUGACCUGCUGGAGCCGCAGUUUCCUCAAGACACUUACCUGCUGAUGACACGACUUUUAGAUCUGUGCAUCCUCAACAUAGAGGCUCUGGACUUCGAGUAUCGAGUGUUGGCUGCCUCGGUUCUGUGUCACUUCAUACCUCUGGAGAGAGUUGAGAAAGCUUCAGGCUUGUCCAAAGACGUCCUCCAGCCCUGUCUGAACUGGAUGGCUCCCUUCGUGGAGACGGUCGGCUGUACUGGCAGCAUGGUGCUGAAGGAGUUUACCAACGUAAAGAUGGAAGACAGACACAACAUCCAGACGCACUCAGACUACAUGGCCAUGCUGGACGCUGCCAGUGAAAAGAUCCUGAGCGGCCAGUUUCCGACUCCACCCAACAGCACAGAGAAAAACCACUGAACCAAAGGAAGACGGAUGAACGAACGAACGAACGAACAGCGUUAAAGAACCACAAACACUGAUUCUGUUUACUAGAGAAAGAAAAAUGAAAGCCAGUCUGACCGGGAGAAAACGUCACAACUGCUGACUCUUCAGCAUUAUUCAGGAUGACGAUUCUGUGUUUUAAGAGACACUUAAAUCUUGGCCAAAGCUUUUUUUGUCUUAAUGUUUUUUUGAUUUUUUUUUUUUUUUUUUUUUAGCUUUAUGCUGCAGAAAAUGAGAAACUGUCACAACAAAAAAAUACAAGUGUCAAGGUUUAAGCUGAAAACCAUUUCUGGGAAAUGAUGAUGUGAUGUGCAAUCGUUUUUACUUUUAAAAUGUUCAGAGGAAAUGUUUUGCUUCCUUCAGGGUCAGAUGAUUUUAGCUGCCUGCUAUUUUAAAUGACCUGAACAAUAACUUGAAAACAUACUGUACAGAGCUGAGUAAUGGGUCAGUUAUCUGCUAAAACCGAUGCAUUAUUGUGUAACUCAGGGUGUUUUAUAUUUCACUGCAUUACAAAUGACCUCAAGUGAACAAAUGAACAGCUGUAUUUAUUUAGAGGUUUAUUUUCUACCACAAAAUAAAAAAAAUUUAAAUUCCCACCUCAACAAAA